GUCCUUUUUCCAAUAGUAGAAUUUGUGCAAACCUUAGGAUUUAUAUUAUAUAUAUAGACAGGCAAAACUAAUAUCUAUAAAUGGGUGUAUUUGUUAACUUCCCUUUCUUUAUCAUCUAUUUCCUUAUAUCAGUUAGUUAACUAGUUGAAUAAAACACAGUUUUAUGUGCACAAUUCAAUGUCGAUUGGGCAAUUAAACAUAUUUGUGUAUAUUUGUGUGUAUGUUUUAAUGUGUACAUAUUUCUAUUACUUAACAUGAAAACAUGAACAAAAGAGAGAUUAUUUCUCACUUUACAAAAAAAAGAAACACAAUUAUAUCCUCUUGUAUAUUUAUAAUCACUAUUGUUGUUAUCAACGUCAACAACAGUUCAAUUUGAACAAAACUUUAAUAUUUCUUCUUUAUGUCAAUGAUUAUUGAAGUUCAUUAAAUUGUCUAUCAUUUAAUACAUAAUUAUUUCUUUAUUAUUCAAUUACAAUAUACAAAAUAAUCAAUCAAGAGUAUACUCUUGUAUUAAAUAAAUAAAUAUAUCUAUUUUUUAAAAUUAUAUCCAAAUAUGGAAACAGCAUUUUCUAAGACAGUUGAUGAAGUUUUAAAUCAUUUCGAUUCAGAUCCAGAAACUGGUUUAAGUGAUGAUCAAAUUAAAAAACAAACUGCAAAAUUUGGUCCAAAUGAACUUCCUGCUGAAGAAUCUAAAGCAAUUUGGCAACUUGUCCUUGAACAGUUUGAUGAUUUACUUGUUAAAAUUUUAUUAUUGGCCGCAAUUAUCUCAUUCGUACUUGCUUUAUUCGAAGAGAAUGAAGAAAGUAUCAGUGCAUUUGUGGAGCCACUUGUUAUUCUGCUUAUAUUGGUCGCUAAUGCUGUCAUUGGUGUCUGGCAAGAACGUAAUGCUGAAUCGGCUAUUGAAGCAUUAAAAGAGUAUGAACCGGAGAUAGCUAAAGUAUUUCGAAAAAGUCAUUAUGGUAUUCAACGAAUUAAAGCCAGAGAAUUGGUACCAGGUGAUAUUGUCGAAGUAUCAGUUGGUGAUAAAGUACCGGCUGAUAUGAGAAUAAUAAAAAUUAUGAGUACAACAUUAAGAGUGGAUCAAUCCAUUUUAACUGGUGAAUCUGUAUCUGUAAUUAAAUUCACUGAUGCUGUACCAGAUCCAAGAGCGGUUAAUCAAGAUAAAAAGAAUAUUUUAUUUAGUGGAACUAAUAUUGCAGCUGGUAAAGCGAGAGGUAUAGUAGUAUGUACUGGUCUUAUGACUGAAAUUGGUAAAAUUCGUAAUCAAAUGAUGGAUACAGAACCAGAUAAAACACCAUUACAACAAAAAUUAGAUGAAUUUGGACAACAGUUAUCAAAAGUUAUUUCAAUUAUUUGUGUCGCUGUAUGGGCAAUCAAUAUCGGACAUUUCAAUGAUCCAGCACAUGGUGGUUCUUGGCUAAAAGGUGCUAUUUAUUAUUUUAAAAUUGCUGUCGCCUUAGCUGUUGCUGCUAUUCCUGAAGGUUUACCAGCUGUGAUUACAACGUGCUUAGCAUUGGGCACACGUAGAAUGGCUGCAAAAAAUGCUAUUGUCCGUUCACUUCCAUCGGUUGAAACAUUGGGUUGUACAAGUGUUAUUUGCUCCGAUAAAACAGGUACACUGACUACAAAUCAAAUGAGUGUAUGCAGAAUGUUCAUCUUUUCUAAAGCUGAUGAUAAAGCACCAGAAGUGCAUCACUUUGAAAUAACUGGAUCUAAAUAUGCACCAGAAGGUGAAGUAUUUUUAAAUGGUCAAAAAGUUGAAUCUGGUGAAUAUGAUGGGCUUGUUGAAAUUGCAAAUAUCUGUGCCAUGUGUAAUGAUUCAGCUAUUGAUUAUAAUGAAUCUAAGCAUGUUUACGAAAAAGUUGGUGAAGCGACAGAAACUGCAUUAUGUUGUUUGGUUGAAAAGAUGAAUGUUUACAAGACUUUAAAAUCUGGAUUAUCCAAGAAAGAUUUAAGUAUGGCUUGUAAUCAUCAAAUUCAGGCCAUGUGGAACAAAGAGUUCACUCUAGAAUUUUCACGUGAUCGUAAAUCAAUGUCUGUUUACUUACAAGCUAAACCAGCGUUUUCAUCCAAAGUCCCAGCUACUGCAGGUUCCGGAGAGACAGGACCUAGAAUGUUUGUUAAAGGUGCGCCUGAAGGCGUAUUGGAUCGGUGCGCAUUUGUACGUAUAGGCAAUAAGAAAGUACCCAUGACACCUGCAUUGAAAGCUGAAAUAGUGAAACAUGUAGCAUCUUAUGGAACUGGUCGUGAUACGCUAAGAUGUUUGGCUUUAGCAACGUGUGAUGCACCAGUGAGCAAAGCACAGAUGGAUUUGGAAGAUUCGACUAAAUUUGUUAAAUAUGAACAAAAUUUAACAUUUGUUGGAGUUGUCGGUAUGUUGGAUCCACCACGUAUGGAAGUAUUUGACAGUAUAGCAAGAUGUCGUAAAUCUGGUAUACGUGUUAUUAUGAUAACUGGUGAUAAUAAAGCAACAGCUGAAGCUAUUUGUCGACGUAUUGGUAUUUUUGGUGAAGAUGAACCAACUACGGGGAAAUCUUUUACAGGACGUGAAUUUGAUGCAUUACCAAUUGAAGAACAAAGAGAAGCAUGUAGACGAGCAAGAUUAUUUGCACGUGUUGAACCUAUGCAUAAAAGUAAAAUUGUAGAAUUUCUUCAAGAAGAUGGUGAAGUAUCUGCUAUGACUGGUGAUGGUGUAAAUGAUGCACCAGCAUUGAAAAAAGCAGAAAUUGGCAUUGCUAUGGGAAGUGGUACAGCUGUAGCUAAAUCAGCAGCUGAUAUGGUAUUAGCUGAUGAUAAUUUCAAUUCUAUUGUUUUGGCUGUUGAAGAAGGACGUGCUAUUUAUAAUAACAUGAAACAAUUUAUUCGUUAUUUAAUUUCAUCUAAUAUUGGUGAAGUUGUCAGUAUCUUUUUGACUGCUGCAUUGGGUCUACCUGAAGCAUUGAUUCCAGUACAACUACUUUGGGUCAAUUUAGUCACUGAUGGUUUACCAGCUACAGCUUUGGGAUUUAAUCCACCUGAUUUAGAUAUUAUGGACCGUCCACCACGAAAUAUUAAAGAUCCUUUAAUUUCUGGUUGGUUAUUUUUCCGUUAUGUUGCAAUUGGUGUUUACGUUGGAUGUGCAACAGUUGGUGCAGCUGCUUGGUGGUUCAGUCUUUAUCCUAAAGGACCACAAUUGAAUUACUAUCAGUUGACUCAUCAUAUGCAGUGCUUGGCUGAAAAGGAUAACUUCCACGGAAUCGACUGUCACAUAUUUGAAAAUCCCAAACCAAUGACUAUGGCAUUAUCUGUUCUAGUGCUCAUUGAAAUGUUUAACGCCUUGAACAGCCUUUCAGAGAAUCAGUCACUGGUUGCUAUGCCUCCAUGGGUAAAUAUAUGGCUUGUACUGGCUAUGAUUGUUAGUAUGUCAUUGCAUUUCUUGAUUUUAGAAGUUGACUUUCUCUCAAAAGUCUUUCAAAUCACUCCAUUAUCAUUGGAAGAAUGGUUUAUGGUAGUUAAAAUCUCUGCACCAGUAAUAUUUAUUGACGAAAUAUUAAAAUUGAUUGCCAGGCGAUUUACGGAUGUUCCUACCAAUAUCGGUGAAUUGAAGUAAUCAUGGUAAAAAAUCAAUAAUGAAAAUUCUAUUAAGUCAAAUAAAACAACAUCCUUUAUCCUAAUUCCCCUUUUCUUCAAAACAAACAACAACAACAAAAAAGAUCUCAUUCUAAUAACAGUUUAUAAUUCAUUUCUUUAAUACUCUUCCUACCUACACCUUGCUCCUAAAAAAACAAAAAAGAGAAAUUGUUUUCGUCACAAAACUCUCCUUAGAUUUCUUUCUUCAUUUAUUCAUCAAAUUGUUCUCAUUUUUCAACGUAGUCAAUAAUUACAUUAUACAAAACAUUUAUUUCAUAUUUCAAUAGAAUCAGCUCAAUUUUAUUUGAACAAAUUUAAUAAUAGUGUUAUUUGAAAUUAAUCCAUUAUAUAACUAAUGGAAUAUCACGUCAUAUAGAUUUAUGUUAUCUGUUAACGUUUUGAUAAACUACGACUAUAUUAAGUUUUGAAAUUAUAUAUAUAUAUAUAUGAUGUAAUAUUAAAAUGAUACACAUCUUGAAUUCAAUAUACUUUUUAAACUCUUGGAUUGUUUAUUUAAACCAAAUAUACAUUAGAGAAUAAUGUUAACUAACUAAUUACUUACGAAUGUUUCUUUUUUAUUCUUCUGAAAUAAACAUGAUAUCUAUCCGUUAGUAACCCAAUAGAAAUAAAAUAUUUGUUUACAGUGCAAUGGGUUUUUUUUCUCUCCAAAAUAAUUCACUAACUAUACAGUAUGUGUUUCUACUCCCCAAAUCCUAAAGUCGAAAUAUUCAGUUUUCAUUUCUUCUAUCCAGUAGCUCAACCAUCCUUUUUCUUAGAACCCCUUUUUGUUUUUUUUUGUUUUUUUUUGGGGGGGGGUGUUUUUUUUUCCAUUUUUCGAUUUCCUAAUAGUUUUUAUUUUUUUUCUGUGAAGUAAAUGUUGUUAUGUUGGUCUCUUUAUCACUCUCUUUCUUUCCUUUAUGUUUCAUGAAAGAGUAUUUAAUUAUAAGGAUUUUUCAAUUAGUUAGAACUAUGUUAUCAUCAAAAAGGAAUAGUUGGAAAAUCUUUUUAAAAAAAAUCUCUUCUUUUUAAAAAAAAAUUAUUAUCUUUGGGAAAAAAAAGAUAACAUUUCGACUAUUCAAUUAACAUGAAACGAGGAUCAAUUACUUUAUGACUGAUUUAUUCCAUCUAAUCAGUUUUCAUCUAUUCACUUUCAUGUUUAUUAUUGAUCAGAAAAAAUAUUUACAUUGUAAUUUUAACACAAAAAAAAAGUUCCCCCUAUUUAAAAAGAAAGUGAGGGAGAAAGAGAGAGAGAGAGAGAGUUACAACAGAGAUAAGAAUAUCAAUUUCCUCGUAAUGUCCAAUUGAUUAACAUAAUUUAUGAAUUGAGACAAUAAUCAAUUAACAUACAUUUAUCAUUGACAAUCAUCAAAAUAAUAAACAAAUAAUAAUCAUACAAAAUUGUAGAAAACAAAUUUGAUUUCUUCUUUGUUUGUUUGGUUUUCUUUUCACAAUAGUUAUAGUUAUUUACAUAGAUUAAAAUUAUUACUAUUAUUAUGUUCUUCAAUAUUGAACCCGUGUCCUUUGAAUAUAUAUAUAUAUAUAUAUAUAAUGAUCUGUGUAGACUAUUGAAAUAUAUAUUUUAUUGUAGUGAGAUCAAAUUAUAAACAUUCACCAACAAACUGUG